UCCCAUGCGGUCGUUAUCUUUAGUUUAAAUAAUCGGGUGAAGAGGCUAAAAUUGUUGAUUACUGUGAAACUAUUUCAAAAUGUCUCUUGCUGAUGAACUUUUAGCAGAUUUGGAAGAGGCUGCGGAGGAGGGUGACGUGGAUUUCAGAGACAACGAAGAUGGCAUCGAAGAAGCAAUGGAAAUUUCAGGCUCGAUAGACACAGAUUCAAAGUCUGUUAAAAGUGUUGCGAAACUAAAAGACAGUAAACAGCUCAAUGACGUUCUGUCUGGAAUCGAAGAAUUCGGGAAUCAAACCCGCGAUCGAGUGUUCGGUCCCGUAGAAGUAGACCCUGAGUAUCAGCUGAUUGUAGAGGCUAACAAUCUUACCGCUGAAAUUGAUAACGAGGUUAAUAUUAUUCACAAAUACGUACGGGAUCUUUACGCGAAACGUUUUCCAGAGCUGGAAUCGCUCGUUCCCAAUGCGUUAGAUUAUAUUCGUACUGUUGAACUGCUAGGGAACGAUCUCGAAGCAUCAAAAGUCGAUUUGACAGAUAUUCUCCCACCAGCUACCAAAAUGGUGGUUAGUGUUACAGCUUCAACGACACAGGGAGAAAAACUUGAAGAAGAAGAGAUCGAGCGGCUCAUGGAAGCUUGUCAAACUGUUACAGAUUUACUGGAUGCUAAGUUUAAGAUCUUCCAGUAUGUUGAAUCCAGAAUGACUUUCAUAGCGCCCAAUCUAUCAGUUAUAGUUGGGGCAUCAACUGCAGCUAAACUCAUGGGUUCUGCUGGUGGGUUAACGAGUCUGUCAAAAAUGCCAGCGUGUAAUGUUCUUUUGCUAGGAUCCCAGAAGAAGACACUGUCUGGGUUUUCUAGUGCAGCAAUCUUGCCGCAUACUGGCCACAUUUACUUCAGUGAGUUUAUCCAGGACAUGCCUGCUGAUUUGAGAAAGAAAGCUGCUAGAGUGGUUGCAUCAAAGUGUUCUCUUGCUGCAAGGGUAGACGGCUUCCAUGAGAGCACAGAUGGAUCUGUUGGACAACAGCUCAGGGAGAAUGUUGAGGGGAAAUUUGACAAGUGGUUGGAACCACCACCUCUUAAAGAAACCAAAGCUCUUCCAAGACCAGAUGACGCACCUCGUAAGAAGAGAGGUGGUCGAAGAGUGCGGAAAAUGAAGGAAAAGUUUGCUAUUACAGAGAUGAGGAGGCAGGCUAACAGAUUAGAAUUUGGCCAGAUUGGUGAAGAUGUCUACCAGACUGAUCUGGGAUUCUCUGUUGGGACCAUGGGCAGGAAAGAGAACACUGGCCGUGUGCGAACACCUGCUGUUGAUAAGAAGACACAAAUAUCCAUCUCUAAACGUCUACAG